AUUUGCCGUUGAACAAUUAGUAAACAUUUGAUCGUUUUAGCAAUUACAUCUCGAUAUGUUGAAAGACAAAGUAUUUACUAAAAGCGCUAUAUAUCGAUUUCCAAAAAUUUUUCAAUUCGGACAGGCAAACGCAGCUUGUCGAUUCUGCAAGAAAAUAUUUUGCUGCACAAAAUGUCGCGAUCGCCACGUGGACAAGGUGCAUCCCAAUGUGAACACCGAUUGUCCCCUCUGCGCCUCUGAAAUAUUGCCGAUACGACAGUGUGAGUCCACGAAACUGAACUUGGAGGAUGAGAAAUUAUUGUGUCACAUAGUUGACAAACAUUUGCCAUUACGUUGCCGGCUGUGCGGUGAUUUGUUUGAAUCCAGAGAAGAUUUCAAGUCCGUUGGUGCGUGCAAGUGGUUUGAACGUUGGAAUUGUCUAACAUCACCAUCCAGCCACGAGCAGCUCGAGAAGAAAUCAAAACAGUCUUCUAUAAGCGAAAGCGACUGUAACGGCAGUAGAUUUUGCACGCCGCCGGAAAUCUAUCGCAAGACCAGCACACCAAUGCUUCUUGGUCAAAAGACUGGCUUUGAGACAUUCUCCGUACCGGAUUUCAGUUUUAAAACGCCUAAGACGGACUCGUCGUCGAUCGCACAGGUCGCGAUUUCGAAGACGCAGACGAGCGAUUCGCAAUUCUUUAGUUGUCUGCUGUACAGCUCAAACGAAGAGACGACGCCUUUUAGGAUCUGCAAAGAAGAACAAUUCGCUAAAAGUAAUUCAGGCAGUAGACCGAGCGUCAUGGAACAAUUCGCUAGGAAUAAUUCAGGCAAUAGACUGAGCAUUAUGGAAGUAGAGCAAGAAAAAAUUACAAACAACGAUACUAAGAUAAUAACUGCGAAUGUAAAUGAAGUGUUGUCUCCUGUAAAUAUGGACUUGACGCGGACCGAGGGUGGCAUCCUGCAGGACUCGCCUAUGUCAGAUGAUGUUUGUGAGGAUGUCAUGAAGAAGGUAAGAUUCUCCGAUCGAUAUGAAACCGCGGCGGAGUUUGGGGACUUGAUGGAGUCCUGUGUGCGAACUAUUCUCAACAUGUCGAUGGAGGAGAAUGAGUCUCAUGACGCGCAAAAGAGGGCUGCUGCAGCAGAAGAUAUUAAAGACGCAAAUAAGAGAAUGCAAAUGAACAGCAUAGAAAACACGAACACUCUGAAGGUCACGAAUGACAACCAAGCUGAAGAUACAACGCGUUCUUUAAUACAACCCCCGGAAAAUUUUUUAAACAAUUCGCAAAUCGGGAUUGUGCAGGACAACACGAAAAAUAUAAAGAAGGAGAAUCAAAAUGCUGAUGUAAACAAUGAAGUAAACAAUGGUUGGUCGAUUAUAAAUCAAGAUUCUAACAGAGUGUUGAUGAUGGUGCUGAUGGAGAGCAAUUCAGGAGGAUUGACCACCGAGUUGAUGCCUUUGAUCAGUUCAGGUCUACAGAAAUUGCAAGAACAACUUGUAUCAAAUCGUCAGUCUCUGAAUACGGCUGAAUCUACUAAGAUUUGUAGAAGAUCUAUUACGACGAUGAAGAUGAGUGUCGAGAGUGUAGAGUCUGUAGAGAAUUAUUCUGCGGACAAUGCAGGGAAAGGACAGUUUGCAUUGUCUUCUCCCGUAGAAAGCAGCGAAAAUAGUAAUAAUGGUGGAUUUCUGUCAUCCGUCGCGCAAGCUGUAAAGCACGCCUUAAAAAAUCUAUCUGUUCUGGGUUUGAGAGUACCGAAAAGCAUUGAAGCAACUGAAGUAGUCCAACGACGAGAGAUCGUCGAGAAAUUGUCAACCUCGCCGAAAUUAUCCAGCGAUGCCAGCAAUAGCCAAGUUCGUCUUGGUAAACGGUCCCGUGAGACCGAAGUGUUCUUGAAGGAAGAUCCAACUGAAUUUUCACUGGACACAAGAAGUCCCCUCGCGAAACGUCAGAGAAGAUGGUACAAGAUGAUUAGAGGACGCCUGCCGAUUAACAGAAUGCGGAAUAGCCGCGAGACAACUUCGCCCAGAGGAAUAUCAAAAGAGACGCAGGUUUUCAGUCAAGGAUCCUUGACUGUGGGCGACACAGUCUUGCCGCUUCCUGCGAGAGCAUAUCGAACUACAGACAAUGCUUCUUAUAACAAAAAAAAGAUAGAUAUGACUGAAUCAAGCAAUAAGUAAAUCAAGGAAAAUCGAACAAAACAUCGAUAGGUUGUUCGAUAGGAGGUUGCGGUUAACAGUGAUGG